CUCGGUGCGGUUCAGUGGAACGGUGUGGUGUGCUGUGUGCUGGUCAGACUGGGACGGAACACUGUCGGAGCACAUAGUGGGAGCACGGAACAGUGAGCACGGAGGACGGGGCACUAGAGGAGCACCAUGAACUGGAAGGUGCUGCUCUGCCUGCUGCUGGCGGUCAUGCUCCUGGUAGACGCUACGCUGGCGGAGCCGAUGCGGGGCCGCGGUAAGCGCGGCCGCGGCCGGAAACGUCCCCAGAAGGUGCGCCGGCCGCACCGACACCGCCAGAGGCCUCACUCGCGGCCGCACGGCCGGCCUCUGGUCUACACUCAGCCCGGCAACGAGCCAGAGGUCAGCUACCUGCCGCCGUCACCCACCAAAGAGGCGCCCGAAACCAGCUACGGUCCGCCGGAAACGAGCUACGGUCCGCCGGAAACCAGCUACGGUCCUCCUGAGACGAGCUACAAAGAACCGGAAACGAGCUAUAAAGAACCUGAGACGAGCUAUAAAGAGCCAGAGAAAAAGCCUGAGACGAGUUAUAAGGAGCCGGAGACGAGCUAUAAAGAGCCCGAGUCCGAGUAUGGACCUCCCAAGAGCUUCACAAGCUACGUUGAACCCACAUCAAGCUACAAAGAGCCGGAGACUAGCUACAAAGAGCCAGAAACUAGCUACAAAGAGCCCGAAACUAGCUACAAAGAGCCAGAGACUAGCUACAAAGAGCCAGAGACUAGCUACAAAGAACCUAGUAAUAGCUACGAGCCACCUAAAACCAGCUACAAAGAACCUAGUAAUAGCUACGAGGCGCCUAAAACCAGCUACAAAGAACCUGAGACCAGCUAUAAAGAACCAGAAACAAGCUACAAAAGGCCUUCGACGAGCUACAAGAAACCAGAGACAAGCUACAAGAGACCCGAACCCAGUAAGAAGCCUGAGACUAGCUACAAAGAACCUGAGUCGAAUAAAAAAUCGAGCAGCGAUAGCUAUGGACCGAUCUCCAACAAUCUCAAGGGAGGCUUCGGAGAUAUCAGCUUCGACGAUUUCAGCUUCCCCAGCUUCCCGAAUUUCGAGUCGUUCAAGAUCAACUUUGACUCUGCGCCGGCGCGUCCAUCCUCCAGUGGAGGGUCCUCCGGCGGCGCGUCCUCCGGCGGCAGCUACAGCGCCCCGACGCCGGAGCCGAGCUACCAGCCGCCGCUGAAGGAGGCCCAGCUGCCGCCCACCUUCUCACCGGGAUACCAGGCCCCGGUGAGCAAACCGGCGACGGAGAGCCCGGCAAAGGGAGGGUACCAGCCGCCGGCGACUCAGGCGCCGAGCUACCAGCCGCCGGCGACUCAGGCACCGACCUACCAGGCUCCACAGAACUCCUACCAGCCGCCGGCGACUCAAGCACCGAGUUACCAACCGCCGACUACGCAGGCACCCACGUACCAGGCUCCGCAGAACUCUUACCAGCCACCCAGUAACCCAGCACCUCAGAAUAGCUACCAGCCGCCAGCCACACAAGCGCCUACAUACCAGGCUCCACAAAACAGCUACCAGCCGCCGACGACUCAAGCACCCACUUAUCAGGCCCCACAGAAUAGCUACCAGCCGCCCGCCAACCCCGCACCACAGAAUAGCUACCAAGCACCCAGUAAGCCAACAGCCCAGAAUAGCUACCAGCCGCCCACAACACAGGCGCCCACGUACCAGGCUCCUCAAAACAGCUACCAGUCGCCGGCGACUCAGGCACCGAGCUACCAGCCGCCGGCGACUCAGGCGCCGAGCUACCAGCCGCCGGCUACUCAGGCACCCAAAUAUCAGGCACCUCAGAAUAGCUACCAAGCACCCAGUAAGCCAGCACCCCAAAACAGCUACCAAACACCCAGUAAACCAGCACCUCAAAACAGCUACCAGCCGCCCAAAACACAGGCACCCACUUAUCAGGCCCCUCAGAACUCUUACCAACCGCCCACUAACCCGGCUCCACAGAAUAGCUAUCAAGCACCCAGUAAGCCAGCACCCCAGAAUAGUUAUCAGGCACCCAGCCAGCCAGCACCCCAGAAUAGUUACCAGGCACCCAGUAAGCCAGCACCCCAGAAUAGUUACCAAGCACCCAGUAAGCCAGCACCCCAGAAUAGUUACCAGCCGCCGGCGACACAAGCACCUACAUACCAGGCUCCUCAGAAUAGCUACCAACCACCCGCCAACCCGGCUCCCCAGAAUACCUACCAACCACCGGCGACACAGGCACCAACUUAUCAGGCUCCCCAGAAUAGCUACCAGCCGCCUAGUAGCCAGGCGCCUCAAAAUACCUACCAACCGCCUACCAACCCUGCUCCCCAGAACAGUUACCAGCCACCGACUAAUUCAGCACCCCAAAACACUUAUCAACCACCGAGUAGCCAGGCACCCCAGAACAGUUAUCAACCUCCUACCAACUCUGCCCCACAGAACAGUUACCAGGCACCGAGUAAGCCCGCACCUCAAAACACCUACCAGCCGCCAGCUUCCCAGGCCCCACAGAACAGUUACCAGCCACCGACUAACUCAGCGCCCCAGAACAGUUACCAGCCGCCGACUAACUCAGCGCCCCAGAACAGUUACCAGCCGCCGACUAACUCGGCGCCGCAAAAUACCUACCAACCGCCGGCGACACAGGCACCAACUUAUCAGGCUCCCCAGAACAGCUAUCAACCACCCAGCAGCGCCGCGCCACAAAAUAGCUACCAACCACCCCAGAACACCUACCAGCCACCGACCAACCAGGCACCCCAGAACAGUUACCAGGCACCCAGUAAACCUGCACCCCAGAAUAGUUACCAAGCACCCGGUAAACCAGCACCCCAGAAUAGUUACCAAGCACCCAGUAAACCAGCACCCCAGAAUAGUUACCAAGCACCCAGCCACUCGCCGGCAGUGAGCAGUUACCAGCCGCCCACCGCGAGGGCGCCCACCUACCAGCCACCUCAAAACAGCUACUCGUCACCCAGCAGCUCAGCAGCUCCUCAAGACAGCUACCAGCCGCCCAGCAGUUCAGCAGCUCCCCAGAACAGUUACCAGGCCCCCAGCAGUUCUGCAGCUCCCCAGAACAGUUACCAGCCGCCCAGCAGUUCUGCAGCUCCUCAAAACAGCUACUCGUCACCCAGCAGCUCGGCAGCUCCUCAAAACAGCUACCAGCCACCGAGCAGCUCGGCACCUUCCGGUGACAGUUACUCGUCUCCGAGCAGUCCUGCAACUCCCGAUGACAGCUACCUGUCGCCUCUGUCUGAGGAAAUCCCGCCGUCCGCCCUGUCUCACACAGUGAUCUCCGCUGCUAAUGUGCUCACUGAUGACGCGUGGCUGGCCAGGGCGUGAUUCUGAGCUGCAACGGGCACUUAUGAUCGGGAAGUGUGAGUGUGUGAGCCUCACAAACGCCGGGACGGCGAGUGACGCACGGGGAUGCCGACAGAGCUUCUCGAGCUUCUCAGUGGAUCAUUUCGGACCGGUGUUUAUUGCAUGGGUCGUUAUCUGAUGGGAUGUUAUUUGAUAAUAUCAAUGAUUAUCACAUAGGUUUACCUGGUAACACGUUAUGGGAUAAUAUCAGUGAUUAUCUCGUUGGAUGUUAAUUGAUCGGAUGUUUUAUGGGAAAUAUCGGUGGUAUUCCCAUGAGAGCUAACCUCUGGGCUGCUGAAACACGGUACGAUAAUUGCUCAGAAUCACGAAGUGUGCGAGUUACAUGUUACAUGAUAUUGUGAGUGCUUGUUUUUAUAAGAGUUUUUCUGGAGACAGAGCUGACGCAUGCACGUUAAUAUCUGCUGUUAAAUGUCGUGAAUGAUGUUGCGGUAUUUUACAUAUCGUAUCAAUGCAAAAGACGUCGUGUGAAUAUGCAAUAAACAUUAUAGCGUCAUGUU